UGAUAAACCAACUAUUUACACGGCAUCGGUACUUCACAUCGAUAUCUUCACACAUCGCUAUCCCAUUUGGCCUCGUUCUUCGUGCCUCUUCCGGGCUGCUUGAUGUCAGCGCCAGCCACAUUCCGUCGCGCCUCAACAAUGAAGAUGGCCGACUUUGUCUGUCCUUCGGACACAUUCCCGGCGUGGCAGUGUGAGAUUCGAGAUGCCACAGCCUGUCGUGGCUACCCCUUUUCUCGGCCAUCACGUCUCUCUUACCUGAUCCAUGCUCAUGUUGACCUCACUAACGCCACCUCUCGACAGUCCACCUCAUCUACGGACCACCUUUGCGCAGGAAGAUACCCGAUUCCGAUUUACGCCCGUCAAAACCACCAAAACCGCUCCCCGCGUCUGGGAGCGCAAGCCGUCGACCGCAUUCCGGGCGCGCGGCAAGUCGCGUAAAGUGUGGAAGCGCUUUCGCUCCUCCUUCAACAGCAUGAAGUCUCUGCAGCAGUUGACGGCGGAGCGUCACCACAUCGACUAUGACCUGUAUUUGGAAAUCAACUCGUCCCGGAACCCCGGCCUCGCCCGCGGUGUCAAGCGCCGAUGUUUUGCUCUGGAGGCGGACGAUAUGGAGGAUGUGCGCGGGCGCUCAUUCCUCGAGACGAAGUGGGAGGCCCAGGUUACUGGGCGACGACGCAAACUACCCCUCGUUUACAGCGAUUUUCUCGACAUCUCCGAUGAACCGGUGGAAUAUGACAGCCUCCAGCCACAAGAGUCGGGUGACGAUGCGAGUAACGUGCCGGAGGUGCCCACGUCGACGUUGGAGGAAGCUCUCGCGGAGAACCCUGCAGCAGAGGACGAAUGCUCCAGUCGGAUGCCGGAAACCCCCACCAGACUGGCGGCCGCCGCAGCCUAUCCCCGCACGCUACAUGGCCAGUCGCCGCUAGUGUUCGGUGGGAUGACUGACAGUCCUGCACACAUAAACCCCCACGAGGUCAGCGAACAGCCGGUUUUGGCUCUCUCCGACAGUGCAGACGUGCCUACGACUCCAGAAGAGGACCAUGACGAACAGACGGUUGCUACAAUGAUCGGCGAUCAGCCCGACCCUGUGCCAGAGCUUGAACCAGAGCUUGAAGCCCUGGAAGAGCAGGUGCCUGCUACGAUCACCGCCCCCGUGCCGGAUUUAACGGCCGAGCAGGAAUCGACGCUGGUCCGGUCCGCUCUCCGAAGCUCAUUGGACGGCGAAGACACCGAACUGCUGAACAACUUUUUAUCCAAGGCAAAGGCCAAGCGCGAGGCCAAAGCUGCCGCUAUGAUCGCCCCGGAUGCAGAAAAGGAUGCAGAAAAGACGGAGCAGGAGCUGCCGGUCGUGGUCGCGUCUCCGACCCCACCGUCACGGCGUGCCCUGGAAGAUCUCGACGCGAAUUCACCAUCGCCCCAGAAACCUCAGGUGUCACCGACCAAGCCACAGGACGAGGGUAGCCCGCAGCCCUCUAGCCCGCGUCGGAGUAGCCGACCGCGCACGAACCGCUCGUCCACGCUACUGACGACCAUCACCGCCGCGGCUGCGGUGCGGAACACCCUCUCUCUGCGGCGGGCCAAGGGCACGGAGUUUAUCUUUCUGCAGCGCACCGAAGCGCAGGAGCUAGCCCUCGCAACGCGGCGGAACACGCGACUCAACAAGGGAAAUGCCUUGAUGCCAAAAUUCGUGUUGCAGGGACUCUCACGCAAAUCGCCCGAAGCCAAGAAAGCGUCUCCUUGCACCGACGAUCGGUCGGGAGACGACUCGGGACGAUCCCACAAGAAGAAGCAUGUGUCCUGGAACGACGACCGGCUGGUGCAGUUUGAGGGUGAGGAAGAUGGUGCAAAGGACGACGGGCAUGACGUUGUCCACGACGGAAGCAAGGGCAAAAGCCCCGAGAAAAGAAAGGCAGCCAGUAGCCGGACGACGCGGUCUCAAGUGGCGCCGAAGAGUGGUGGGGAGGACCGCGCCGAUGCAGCUACCGCAGCGGCUACUGCACCCGCUACUGCAACGCCUCGGACGCGGCGCGUGCGCCGGCUGGGGCCCGGAGCAGCCCAAGCCGACUCGGCGGGAACCCUGAGUCUGUCGUCACCGUUGAGCGAGAGCCAAAGCAGUGACCGCAAGAAGCUGACCCCCAAGUCGCCCAGACGGGGACCGGCGACGCCGUCGAAAGCAGCCGACAGCAUCAAGACAUCACUGCGCAGUAGUAGCGCGAAGACGAACCUUUUGAAAAUCCAUGCGGGAUCGACGCCAGUGCCUCGGAAAAUGCGACCGCGGUGAUUGUUCUGGAAUUAUCGGUGUACAUACGGUGCUAGGCGUUUAUGUGCUGGAGCUAUGUUAUUAUCGUUUAUUACCGUUUAAUCAAUUCCUUAGCAGAUUUAGCAGUUCAGCUGUAAUAAAUAUGGUACUUAUCAC